CUAUAUAUUAUGUGCGAUUAAUAAUGUGGUUGUUAAUGAUUUAAAAAAAAAACACAUUAAGGUAUUUAUUAAAAUUUUAGAAUAUUCUUGUAUAUAUGCCCCCCAAUUAUAUAUUCUUCUAUGUUCGCCGCUGGACAUUUGUUGAUUAUGAUCGAUAAAAUAGAUCCCAAUAAUAUAUAGUGUUAUUGUACAUGCUUAAUAUAAUUUAAAAUUUUGAAAACAGCGUCCAAUAAGUAAUAAGUCAUUUUGAAAAUGCCAAGAGGGAGGUAACAUAACAUGGAUAAGAUGUGAAGCUUCUCCAUUCGAGGGUAGGAGGGAGGGGUGGACGGCAUGGACCAUACCAUACGACAUCCACUUUACUGCGUUUAUAUAGAUAUAGAUGGAAGCUCACUCCAUUGCACCAUCACAUCAUCCACUUGACAUGCCAAUGAUGGAGAGCAGCAAAGCGGUUACGAUAUGGAUCAUGACCAUGAUCCUGACCCUGAUGACGAUUGCGGCGCAGCAGCAGCAGCAGCAGCCACCGCCUUCGAUGCCGGGGGAGGCGGGUGGAUGCAGCAGGACAUUCUUCUCGGCUCUGGUGCAGCUCAUACCCUGCAGGGCAGCGGUGGCGCCCUUCAGCCCCGUCCCGCCCACCGAGGCCUGCUGCUCUGCUGUUGUCACGCUGGGCCGGCCUUGCCUCUGCCUCCUUGCCAACGGCCCGCCCCUCUCUGGCAUUGACCGCUCCAUGGCUCUUCAGCUUCCCCAGCGAUGCUCCACCAAUUUCCCUCCCUGCGAAGUCAUCAACUAAAAGAUACUCAACGUUUGGCACUUCUAGAUUGUAAUAACACGUUGUUGUCUCAUUAAAACUCAUGUCACAAAACAAUA